GGUACAAAUACAGCGCAGAAAGGACAGCGGGGAGCACAAAGGAAUAAAAACAGAACCUCGACAACUUUUAACACCAACCUGUUGUAAUGUGAAUUCAUGUGAGCGUUAAUUAAAGUGCGACUUUUGGCGGCUGGCAGGCUGACAACUGCCUGAAGAACGAGGAAUGUGAAGGGAGCGGAGAAGAGCGGCAGGGCACACCGCUGUCUCCGACUGCUUUGUCAGCUGAGCUGUUUGCAACUCGAGGCCCGGCCGUUAUCACAGGCCUCACCCGAGAAGGACACAUAUCCUUUACACGGUAUAAAAAGGGAUUCCAAUAUGGGGGUGAAAACCUUCACCCACAGCUCAACCUCACACAGCCAGGAGAUGCUUGAGAAGCUCAACGCUUUGCGUAAUGAGGGUCACUUAUGUGAUGUCACCAUCCGAGUCCAAGACAAGCUCUUCCUGGCCCACAAAGUGGUUCUGGCCUGCUGCAGUGAAUUCUUCCGUUCCAAACUGGUGGGCCGGCCAGAGGAGGAGGACAAGUUUGUAUUGGACCUUCACCAUGUGACGGUUAGUGGUUUUGCUCCCCUGCUGGAAUACGCCUACACAUCUACCCUUUCCAUCAGCACAGAGAAUAUCAUCGAUGUCCUGGCGGCUGCAAGUUACAUGCAGAUGUUUGCUGUGGCUAGCACGUGUUCGGAGUUCAUGAAAUCAAGUAUUCUGUGGAGUCCGGGUAACAAUAAUAACAACAACAACAUGGGAGCAGAUAAACCUCACGAAUCAGCACCAGAGAGUGCUUCGUCAAACUGUGCCCUGACGCCACUGGAUGGCAGUGUGUCACCGGUAUCUUCUGACUGCAGUGUGAUGGAAAGAAACGUUCCCAUAUGCCGCGAAUCACGAAGGAAACGCAAAAGCUUCGUCUCAAUGGCGUCCCCUGAGAGUCCACUCAAAUGCACUACACAGAUGGUCACCACCUCCCCUCAGAUUCCCAACCCAUCGCCCUCGUUCUCAGACAGCACAGCCCAGCCUGUGGAGUCCUCCCUGGCCUUCCCCUGGACGUUCCCAUUUGGUAUUGACCGGAGGUUUCACUCAGACAAAUCAAAGCUCCCGGAGAGCCCUCGUUGUUUAGAGCAGGGCACCCCGGGGACCUCAGAGGUAGUGGUUGGCCGUAGGCUCAGUGACUUCCUAACGUGCGAGAGCUCAAAGACAGUGUCUUCACCAGUGGCAGCAGAGGAGGAAGACAUAAGGGUGAAGGUGGAGCGUCUCAGUGAUGAAGAGGUCCAAGAAGCAUCAUCACAGCCAGUCAGUGCCUCUCAGAGCUCACUGAGUGACCAGCAGACGGUGCCAGGGAGCGAACAGGUCCAGGAGGAACUGCUUAUCAGUCCACAGUCCUCCUCCAUAGGGUCAAUGGAUGAGGGCGUGUCAGAGGGCUUACCGUCAAUGCAGAGCACUUCUAAUGCUGGAGGACAUGCAGAAGAUGAUGAGAGGUUGGAAGGCAUUCAGUAUCCAUACCACCUCUAUAUCAGCCCAUCAGCACGGCCUGGCACCAAUGGCCCUGACCGGCCCUUUCAGUGUCCAACCUGCGGUGUUCGAUUUACACGUAUUCAAAACCUAAAACAGCACAUGCUCAUACACUCCGGCAUUAAACCUUUCCAGUGUGACCGCUGUGGGAAAAAGUUCACACGGGCCUACUCCCUAAAGAUGCAUCGGCUGAAGCACGAAGGUAAACGCUGUUUCCGGUGCCAGAUUUGUAGCGCCACAUUCACGUCCUUCGGUGAAUAUAAGCACCACAUGAGGGUCUCCCGACACAUAAUCCGCAAGCCGCGGAUUUAUGAGUGCAAAACGUGCGGCGCCAUGUUCACCAACUCUGGCAAUUUAAUUGUACACCUGAGGAGUCUGAACCAUGAGGCAUCCGAACUAGCAAACUACUUCCAGAGCAGUGAUUUCCUCGUGCCCGACUACCUGAGCCAGGUACAGGAGGAGGAGGAGGCGCUGGGAGUGCAGUACGAGUUGGAGGAGCCCCCACAUCACCCGGUCUACCCAGGCAGCACCUCCACUUCCACCGCCACCCCUGCCUCGUCCUCCUCCUCAGUACAGAUGCCCGUCAUCUCCCAGGUUUCCUCCUCCACCCAGAAUUGUGAGAGUUCCUCUGGCUUCCUGUCACCCGAGCCCCUCGAUACCCUGGAAGCCCCUGCCUCACCCAAGAUGGAUGCCCAUGACACGGCAGCCAUGACAGAGGAGACCAAGAUGGACAACAGUGUGGGUGACAGUUCCCCAGAGCUGUUUGAAGAAGAGCAGGAGCAGCAGCAGCAACAUGCUCAGGCCAAGGAGGUGGCUUCCAUUACCAUAAAGUGAUUCAAGUCUUCUACUUGCCCAUUACGUCUUAUUUUGCAGUCAUGUCAUAUGGGAAUAUUUGUUGAGAUGAUUGACGACUGAAAGGGACGACUUGUGUGCACGUCGACACCUCAUCAUGUGGAACUGUCAAGACACUGCAAUUGAAGUUUUCUGAAGACUUCUCCUGACUUGGUGGUGUUUCUCUACACAGAUGCACUUAUUUGAGUUCAUGUUGAACACCAAGCCAAAUCCAGCAACUAAAUGCCAGUUGUUUUUGUAUUCUUUCAAAUAUUAUAUUUCCCAAACUUGGCUGUUGAUACAAGAUUUCAGAAGGUCUGGGGUUCAUCUUGCUAGAAAUGCAAGUAAAAAGUAUUUUUAAGAGUCAUUUAAAGUAGUAAGGUUGUUUUUUUUCCCAUAUGACGUGAAUGCAGCACAAGCUGAAGUCAUUUCUGUCUUAGCCAAUUUGACGUCUGUUAAAUUCAAGCCUUGCUCUACUUUUGGAAAGUGCCUGAGAGUUCCCAUUUUAACAAAGUAACAGGUAGAGAAAGAAAAAGUCUUUGCUUUGCCAACAGUGACAAAUCAAGUCUUUGCAAACUGAGCUCUGGAAAUAAAAAUCUUUGUAUUUCCUUUGUAGUGCUAAUGCUAGUUUGUAUCGGCAGAGACUGUGUUAUUCCUUUAGUGCCGUCGCUAUAGGCAAACUGUUAAAUGUAAUAUCUAUACUGCAAUAGCUUGUACUGUAGUUUUACUAUUUGAAUGCUGUGAAUGUUGGGUGUUGUGAAAUGAUAUGUCAGGUGUGCGUAUGUGCAUUUCUUUGAUUAAUAUGAACACAGUACAUUUCAUUUUUAAAUGACUUGAAAUAUAUUGGCAAAGUAUUACCAAAACCCAUCUGUGCAGUAUAUGAUUUUCCUGUUCAUUUUUUGUAGCUCCAAAUAUCUCAGCUCUAGGAGUUUAGAUUAAUUUGGAUUAGAACAAGCAGUAGAACAUUUUACUUUUACUUUGAAAUCCAGCCAAAAAGAUAAAAAAAAUAAAUAAAUAAGAGAAAAGAAUUGAGUCACAUGGUUGUCUGACAACUGCAGUAUUAUUCCCAAAUGGGCUCUGUGAUAUGGUAAUGUAGCAUUUCAUCCCAGCCUUCUUUCCAAAAGGCUGUUCAUUGGAUUCUAAAGUCAGUUUGUUUCAUAGAUGUUGAUACUGAUCUCAUGUGGCUUUCAAAUGCCUGUUUUCCCAACAGGUACAUUGCUGGUGUUUUAGGAUAUUGCAUGACUAUUGGAGCAAUGUUACACUUAGGUACAACAUGAUUGUCAUUUUUUUUAGCUCUAUGUGGCUUUGAGGUCAACCAGAUUUUUUUUUUCUUUCUUGUUGUUUCAAAAACUACAUUGUGAAAGUUUCCCUGACUACAAUUAUCACUCACUGAGCAAUUUACUGAGAACACUUAUGCUAUCAAUACAGCAGCUCUGCCAUAAAUUCUCCUUCUUUUCUUAACAAUUUUAAUAAUUUUUUAUUCUUGUCACUAAUAUACAUCAUAAGGGUAAAAUCAUCCACUACGUUCACUGAAAUAAACAUGAAGUAGAAUUAUAACCAUUGUAUAAGCUUUGUAAGAACAGAACUUAUGGCAAAGAUAAUGAAUUAGUUUAACCUCCAUUGUGGAAGUGCCAAAAGCUGCAGUUCCUCUUAUGGCCAUUGAGUCACAUGUUUAAAAUGCCCGACUCGACAGGAUUCACAACAACAGUAUGGAUAGUGUUGUUUUUUUGUUGUUGUUUUUUGUUUGUUUUUUUUUUCCUGUUGGUGCCUUUUUUUUGGUCCAUUUUAAUGAAAUUAUCAGACCAAUAUGUCAUGGUGCCUGUCUAAGAAGUUUGUGUUUCACUUUUGAUGAGUCUAGUAUUUUACUAGUUUUUUUUUUUUUUUUUAAGCACUAAUUAGCAGAUGCCUGUGUGUUGAAUCCGUGUGUGAAUGUAACUUGCUAACAAAGUUUGCUAGUGUUAGCUGAUCAUUUAGCACUCCACCCUCUCAUCUGAAUAUGAUCAUUAACAUGGUGAUGUCAAAAAUGCUAAUGUUGAGACUUUAAAGUGUGGAGUCUAAAACUCAUGGCUAGGUCACAGUGGUAGGUAUAUCUCUUUGCAUGUGUUUGAUAAACUGCUCAGUGAGUGUAAAGUUACUGUAUCUGUGUAGCUUGGGAAGCAGGAAGUGACCCAAAAAGAGGAUGACAGUCAUCUGUGAUGGCCAAUCUUCAGUCUGAAUAGAUCAGGAGGCUGUUGGGUGUUAAUGUGAUAAUGUUGUUUUGACGUAUUCAGAGUCUGCUAACGUGUGAAUGCAAAUACUGUGAGUUGAAUCAUUCGAAAUGAUAACCAUGCUGGCAGUUCUUGAUGUUACUAACUUCACUUUUUUAAAUGUUGAUUUUGGGGUCAGAGCUGCAGCUCCUGUUACCUGCAUUGUGCCAACAAGUUUGUAAUUCUGUAUUUGGACUUUGUUGUGCUUGUACUUUGAGAAGAUAAUGACACCUGUGGUGAUAAUCUGUGAGUUGAAUGCUACUGACUGUGAUUGGGUUUCUUGUUUAGUUUCAUUUUGUCUCCACCACCCCCCACCCCCCAAAAAAACAACAAAAAGAAGUACAAACAGCUCACAUUUAGGAUGACCCCAACAGGAUGAAAGAGCUCACACAACAAGAUUGAUUAUAAAUGUGAAUUUGAAUAUUGCUGUGAUGAGGGCCCGAUCAUUGUAAUCCAAUCAGAGCUGUCUUAAAGAGAAAUGUGUAACCCUGUGCCAUCCAUUCAGUCCCUUUUUAAAUGUUGUGCCAUUUGCCCUUUUUAUCUGGGUACAAACCAAGCUUUUUCCUCUAGGACCAAAUGUUCUCUCUCUUAUUGGGGAUUUGCCAUGGCAAUCAGUACUUGCACAUAUUAAAAGAAAGAGAUAAUCAUUCAAAGUGGUCCAUUUUAUUUAGCAAAGGGGUCUUGCUGUUCUGCCCUUUACAACACUGUAUGAUGUUGUGCAUUUAAGAGGCUAGCCUUAGUAAAUGGACCUAUUAACUCUAGUUGCACAAUUUCAAAAUUGAAAGGAAAAAAAAAAAAAGUUUUCUAUUCUCCAUGUGUGUGUCAUGCUUUCAUCUGUCGUGUUUGGUGUGUGUAUUCAGACCACCUUUUUUAUAAUGAAAUGCUGCUGUUUGUUGAAACGCAAAAGUGCCCAAAAUAUUUUUGUGAACUGAUGGUGUGCAAUAAAUGGACCGGUGUUGUUUUAAAAGUUUUCAUUUUGUCUUUAGGUGAAUUACAUAAAUAUAUAUAUAUGAUAAAGAAAAUAAGAAUGUAUCAUUUUGUUUUAAUCUAAUGUAACUGAAGGUGAAUUAAACCAGGCGCGAACCCCAUUUAA